GCUCCAUUUAGUCAACAAUGUCAAGUUCGUCAACCAGUGAUUAUAAACACUAAGAACAAGUCCGGAUUGAAAUUCUGCCCGUGAUCGAUACCUAGCUGCAAUGGAUAAUGGAAUUUCUCCUGCGAAAAAGCAGAAAGUGGCAAACGGAACCAACAACGAUGCAAAGUCGGAGAAGAAUAGUGGUUACCUGAAGGUACAGAAAGACCCGGAAAACAGCGUCAGUUUACUGUUCUCUCUCCCCGAGAAAGUCGGCGCACUGGCCCAGGUUCUGAAAAUCUUUGAGGUACAUCAAGUUAACCUACAUCACAUUGAAUCCCGGCCUUCCAAACAAAGCAGCACCGAGUUUGAGUUCUUCGUGAGCUGUGACAACAAGACUGGCGGUCUGAAGGAAACAUUGGACGAAGUGAAAGGGAUUGCCAAAACAUUCCGGGUCUAUUCAAGGAAGACUGGUGAAUAUCCUUCGGAAGAUGUCGACAAAACCAAUACAGUUCCCUGGUUUCCGAAGAAAAUCUGCGAACUGGACAGAUUUGCCAACCAGAUACUGAGCUAUGGAUCAGAAUUGGAUGCAGACCAUCCUGGAUUCACUGACACCGUGUACAGAGCCCGAAGGAAGGAGCUUGCAGACAUUGCAUUUCACUACAAGCAUGGACAGGAAAUUCCCAGGGUGGAGUAUACAGAGGCCGAGAUCAACACAUGGAGAACAAUCUACAAUGAGUUAAAAAAGCUGUAUCCAACACAUGCUUGUAAACAGUUCAACCAUGUUUUCCCACUACUCCAAGAUAACUGCGGAUACAAUGCUGAUAACAUCCCGCAGUUGGAGGACGUAUCCAGGUUUCUGCAAGAUUGCACAGGAUUCCGCCUUAGACCAGUAGCUGGUUUGAUGUCAUCACGUGACUUUUUAUCGGGACUCGCCUUCCGCACUUUUCACUCCACACAGUAUAUUCGCCAUAGCUCCAGACCAAUGUACACCCCGGAGCCAGACGUUUGUCACGAACUACUGGGGCAUGUGCCCCUCUUUGCUGAUCCAGCAUUUGCUCAGUUUUCACAAGAGAUCGGAUUGGCAAGUCUCGGUGCCCCGGAUGACUAUAUAAAAAAAUUAGCAACGUGCUAUUGGUUCACUGUGGAGUUCGGUAUGUGUAAGCAGGGGAAUGAUUUGAAGGCCUACGGAGCUGGACUGUUGUCUUCAUUUGGGGAAUUAGAGUAUUGUUUGACGGACGCUGCAGAUAAGAAACCGUUUGACCCCGUGGUGACCUGUGAGCAGGAAUAUCCGAUUACUUCUUACCAACCGCUCUACUUUGUGUCGGAAAGUUUUGAGAAAGCAAAAGAGAAAAUGAGAGAAUAUGCCAAGACAAUUCCCCGACCGUUCAGCGUCCGCUACAACCCUUACACCCAGAGUGUGGAAGUGAUUGACAAUAAAAACCAAAUUAUCAACCUUACACAGGCCAUUAAAGGUCAGAUUUCAAACAAAGGAUCAUUCCAACUAUCAUCGAUGUAUAUGUAUGCCCCCUUUGAACUUAGAAGUUUGGUCUUGUCAGUUUGUUCUUGUCACCGAAAUUCCCCUGAAACAGCUGAACAGAUUUUUACGAAACGUUUUGAUUGAUAAGGACUUACUGUGUAAAUGUUAGACUUGCUCAAGUCUCUAUGUUGUUUUUAUUACUUUAUCAUUUCAUCCAAAUUUUAUUGUUUCAGAAGUCUAAAUAUCUGCUCUCUACAAUGUUGGGCAUUAUCAAAAAGUAUUAAAGAGAGCACUGAUUAUUAAACAUAGAGACUUGAGCAAGUCUUUGUAAAUGUGCAUAUUCGCAGGAUAUCCUGAUUCAAUAUUUCUUGUGAGUUAUUCCCCUUUGAACAUAGAAUUGUGGCCAAAAUAUACUAUUUAGUACUCCUCUGAAACUGCUGAACAGAAUUUCUAUAACUGUGUAUUUGAUAUGGAAAUACUUCGUAGAUGUACAUGUUUACAGGAAAUUCUGAUUUAUUUUCUGAAAGUUAUGCCCAUUUUGAACUUGGGCGUUUUGUGAAAAUACACUAGUAUUUGGUGUAAUUUGAAACCGGUCUUCAAGUCAAAUGUAAUCAAAAUAUUUCUGUUUUAAGAUUUUACACAAUUUACAUUUCUAAACAGUAUUACAUUGCAUGUGACUUGAGUAUUGCUAUCAAGUUACAUGCGUGAAAAUAGUCCAGUAUAGCACAGAGGCAUUUGGAUUUGUUGUAUUUUAUGAAUAACAUUAUUUGUAAAUGUCAUUCAUUUUUGGGCGUAGAGUACGUGAGCUUGCUAACCUUUUCUUUAUUUUUGAAAUGUUAUUUUAUUAUGCAAAUGAAUCCCUUUUGUCAUCUCGGGGAUAGAAUACCGUGGAAUAAUUAGAUUUCUAUGGGGUUUCAAUCUUAAUGAAUUUUGUAAGUACCUCUAUUUUCAUGAAUUUUAAACCACAAUGAAUGUUUUCAAUGAACAUAAACCCUAUCAGUAAAUCAAAUCCUGACUAAAUUGUGAAACCUCUUCAAUCCACUGAAACUGAACCCACGAAUAUGAUUGAUUCCACAUCGUAUUGUGCAAAAGGGUUCCCACAGGCAUGUUAUCGCAUAGUAUUAUUUUACCAAUAAAAAAAGGAAUAAAAAAGAAUAGCUCCUACUGUCGUCUGGUUAUAGAAAAUCAUACAAUUUUGUAAAUCAUCGCUAUUAUCAUCUAAUUUAAGAAUAUCAUGUUAUUGUGUAAAUAAUCCCAAUUUUCAUCUAAUUGUAGGCGAUCUUACCUUAUUGGAGGAUGCUCUAUCAAAAGUGGGAGGGAUGUAAACAAUUUCAGACGAUGAAUAGCUACACAGAAGAAACCAGAGUGCUGUGUUUUUCUAUUUGAGAACUGCUUUUCAUUUUUAUUGUGUGUAUUUUAGAAUCAUAACUGUGUGGGUUUUCUUUGAGACGUAUCAUUCAGUUUCACCAUUGGAAUGCUAUAUGUGUCUGAACCACAUACAGAAACACAGCACGGAGGACGAAAUGCUCGGUUAAUGUGAGAAGUACGUGUAAUACACAUGUAACUUUAGUGAAGGUCACUGGAUGUACAAACUCCCGUAAUCAAAUCACCUGUAAAUAGUUUGUAAAAAUUGUUAUGAAUUUAUAUUUACAUUUGAGUCAUAAAAUGGUAAAAGACCGCGUUUAUUCAAUUAAAAAUACAAAAAUGAAA